AUGAAGAGCUGCGGUCGUUAUGCAUAUCUCUAUGCCCCAGAAACCGUAUUCAUCUCCGGGCAAAACAAAAAAUUAUCUUCGACUUUCCUAGCAUGCGAACUAGAGUCAAAGCAAGGUAGAUUCCGUGAUUUAAAACAUUUCUAUAUUCAUGAGUUGCGGUUUGAUGGGGAUAUCGGCUGGAUAGGGACACUGGACUAUCAUGGAAGUAAAAACAGUUGUUUUAAUUCCGUACAUGAACGAACAAUAGAACUGGAGAACGGGGAUCUAGAGAAACGGUACUUUCAUUCUGAAAUCCUGGAACCUUUUUCUAAACUGAAACAUCCUGAAGAUAUAUCAAUCUUUUUCCAGAACGUUGAAAAGGACCAGGCAAUCCUCAUUCGUAAUCUGUUUCUUCUUUAUUAUAUAAGGUUACUGAACCAAAAGGAAACGCCUUCUGCAUUAAAACUAGUGAAUAUGUUUAAGAAUCCACCUUUUGACAUUUUUGUUCGGCCUUCGGAUGAUGGUCGUGACAAGUUUUAUCGUUAUUAUAACGUACAGAAUGUUACAGAGGACGAGGAAUAUUAUUAUGAACAAUAUUUCAUUUCUAGGAUGCGUUACAUGACGGGGAUAGAUACGAAGGAAAUCAAGUUCGAAGGUUCUGUAUUGAAUCCCGAGUGUUAUGAUGUUCCUUCUUCCAAGAGUAGUGGCACAGAAACCGAUGAAACAUGUGUUGUCUCAGAUGAUUAUAAAUCUUAUGGAAAGUCGUCAGAUUCUGAUAUUUUUGAAACACUUUAA